AGUCAGGGAAACCCCCGAACAAGGCGAGAGAUUUGCUGGAGGCAGAGUAGCGCUUCUAUUGCGCAGGGACAGCACUGAAUUAGAACAACAGCGCCUCUAUCAACAUGACAACCACUAACGGGGCUAUAGAGAACGGGCAGCCGGAUAAGAAGCCCCCAAUGCUCCCUAAACCUGCUACUAACCUGGACAUUCAGCACCGACAGAUAUUCAUCAACAAUGAGUGGCAUAAGUCAAUAAGUGGCCGCACUUUUGCCGUAUUUAACCCAGCAACGGGAAAGAAGAUGUGUGAAGUGGAAGAAGCAGAUAAGGCAGAUGUUGACAAGGCUGUUGAAGCUGCUCGUGCUGCAUUUCAGAGGGGCUCUGCGUGGAGACGGUUGGAUGCCAAUGGCCGAGGGAGACUGCUGCACAAACUGGGAGACCUCCUGGAAAGGGAUAGAGUUCUGUUGGCUACUCUGGAAUCAAUGGACACUGGGAAACCCUUCCUGCAUGCCUUUCUUAUAGACUUGGAGGGUUGCAUACGGACCUUGCGUUACUUUGCUGGCUGGACUGACAAAAUACAGGGCAAGACAAUUCCUGUAGACGACAGCUUCCUGUGCUUCACUGUGCAUGAACCCAUUGGAGUAUGUGGGGCAAUUACACCUUGGAACUUUCCUCUGCUCAUGCUUAUCUGGAAGAUGGGCCCUGCUCUGUGCUGUGGCAACACUUUAGUCAUUAAACCAGCUGAACAGACUCCCCUCACAUCUCUCUACAUUGGAUCGUUAAUCAAAGAGGCUGGCUUCCCUCCUGGAGUAGUCAAUAUAGUACCAGGAUAUGGACCCACAGCCGGAUCUGCCAUCUCCCACCACCCUGACAUUGAUAAGGUUGCAUUCACUGGAUCCACAGAGGUUGGAAAACUGAUCAAGGAAGCCGCUUCUAAGAGUAAUCUGAAACGUGUCACUUUGGAGCUCGGAGGGAAAAAUCCAUGCAUUGUGUUUGCAGAUUCUGACUUAGAGCUGGCUGUAGAAUGUGCUCAUCAAGGAGUCUUCUUCAACCAAGGCCAAUGCUGCACAGCUGCUUCACGUGUCUUUGUGGAGGAGUCCAUUUACCCAGAGUUUGUGAAACGCAGUAUAGAACAUGCCAAGAGACGUUUUGUAGGGGACCCGUUUGACCCCAGAACUGAACAUGGACCACAGAUUGAUCAGGACCAGUUCGAUAAGAUUUUGGAACUGAUACAGAGUGGCAAGGAGGAAGGAGCUAAAUUGGAAUGUGGGGGCUCGGCUAUUGGGGAGAAAGGAUUUUUCAUUAAACCCACAGUAUUUUCCGACGUCACUGAUGACAUGAGGAUAGCUAAAGAGGAGAUAUUCGGACCAGUUCAAUCCAUCCUGAAAUUCAAAAGCCUAGAAGAUGUGAUAAAAAGAGCAAAUAGUUCUGAAUAUGGAUUGACAGCUGCUGUGUUCACCAAGAGCCUGGAUAAAGCCCUGUCUGUUUCUUCAGCCCUGCAGUCUGGCACAGUGUGGGUUAACUGUUACAAUGCCCUGCAUACACAGACUCCAUUUGGAGGAUUCAAGAUGUCUGGAAAUGGAAGGGAACUUGGAGAGUAUGCCCUGGCAGAAUACACAGAGGUUAAAACGAUCACUAUUAAAUUAUCACAGAAGAACCACUGAAAUGAAAGCAGCAACCGACUGGAACAGAGAAUGGAUGAGGACUGAAAAGGAAUGCCAGUAAUCCUACCAGCGUACAGCUAGAGCUCUGUGCCUUUUAUAUCUAUUCUUAAAAAGACAAUGAAAGCUGAUAUCCGUGUGUGUCAGAGUAGAGAACCCUUUUAUUUACUUACGUUAGGAGUAGUUAAAUUCAGCAUUAAUCUUUCUAAUUGGCAAAACCUUUAAAAAGCCAGGGAUUAACCCCCAGUUCCUGCAGUCAUUGCUUACAGCCGUGAUUGCCAUUGUCACAAAGCAUGUGCAGUGCUCCAUACUGGAUUCUGUGCAUGCGCAGAGCAUUGACAAUAAUGUCCCGUAAAGGCCCGUCUCAAUGCUCACUUGGGGGGUUCAGUAGUAAUCAAAGUGUCUCUGCCUUUCGGAUGCAGCAAAUGGAAUUCUACAAUCUAGUCCCAUCUUAUUUGUGAAGAUCUUUAAACAAAAAAA